UACUUAACCUCAACAAUAAAGCAAGUGCUCCCUACAAUGAGCUUUGAUGGUAUUAAAAGUAAAAUUAACGAAGGGGAUACCGUUAUUCUGUAUCUUACUAUUCAUCAAAUUUAUAGCGUAAAAGCGGAGGCCAAAACUGUCAGCAAGAAGGGUGUUCUUAUUGAAAAUAUUUUUCAAACACAGUAUGGUGCCUUAAAAUGUGCAGACUUAAUAGGGGUAGAGUAUGGUGCGAAAAUAAAAUUAAGUAAAGGAUGGGGAUACGUGCUGCAGCCAACGCCGGAGUUAUGGACGUUAACUUUACCUCAUCGUACUCAAAUUAUUUACACACCAGAUAUUAGUAUGAUAAUCUUGCAGUUGGAGUUGGCCCCUGGCAGUAUUGUUAUUGAAAGUGGUACCGGGAGUGGAUCGUUAUCGCAUGCUCUCGUACGAUCUGUGAAGCCACAUGGUCAUGUAUUUACCUUUGAUUUUCACGAACUGCGUGUGCAAACUGCAGAAGAAGAAUUUAAAGAGCACGGUUUAAGUCAGUGGGUCACUGUGCAAAAAAGAGAUGUGUGCAGUGAGGGUUUCGGAUCUGAACUUCUGCACAAAGCGGAUGCCGUCUUUUUAGAUCUUCCUCAUCCUUGGUUGGCAGUACCACAUUCAAAAUUAGCGAUAAAACAAACAGGAGGCAGAAUCUGCUCGUUCUCUCCUUGUAUCGAGCAGGUACAGAAAACAUGUAUAUCACUAUCAACAUUAGGAUUUCACGAAAUACAAACUAUGGAAGUGGUGCAAACGCAAUAUUCAAUUCAAACCAGAUCGAUUCCCAUUUUAAAUUUAGACUUUGUUAGAGUGAAAAAAAGUGAAGAUUCGCAAGAGAAGAAUGAAAAAGAGGUGGUUAGAACUGUUACAGCUGUACCGCCUCUUACUCAACCUGGGCAUACUGGAUUCUUAACUUUUGCCACACUACCUCCUAUUUGGGCCAGAACCGAAGACGAUAGCACGCUAAUACAAACGUAGCAUAAGUAAAAAAUCUGUUAAAUUAAAUGUUUAUUCACCAUGGAUUAGAUAAAUGUAGUAUAGGUAUAGAAUUCUAAGGUCCAACUGUAUCUUUUGUUUGAAAUGAAUUUUAAAAUAAAUCUGAAUUUGAAUGCAUUAAACUGUAGGUUAUGCAAUUUUAUAUAAAGGGCCCUAAAUAAAUAAGAAUGAGGGCUCCAUUAACUUAUGCUAUCCCACA